AAAUAUAUUAUUAUUCAGUUGUCAUGUACAUGGGUUUAAUGUGUCUUAAAUUACACAGUUUCUCAAAGUUAGUUCAUGUUUCUUUUUAAACAUAUUGCGUCUUUACAUGACCUGUGUUCGCUAUGUAAAACGGUACACACGCUGUAUUUACGGUAUGUUGCGCCUACCUGUGAUACGGUAAUUUAGAAAUCUCCUGCGCCUCUCCUGCGGUCAUUACGGCCGUGCUGUGCCCAUGUGUCCGGAAGUGGCUCCGGUGGUUGUCCCUCUGUUUUGUGACAGAUAGAAGCUCCAGAGAAGAAGCUGAGGAGUUGUGAAACUUCGGUCCGGCUGGUGAGACCAGGACCGGGCGGGCUGAUCGGGAGAACCCGGGGCUGAACCAUGGGCCUGCUGGCGAGGGUGCGGAAGGAAUGGUUCAUCAUCGGGAUCGUGCUGGUCAUCUUAUCGGCCAAACUGCAGCCCAGCGUCGGUGUCAGAGGAGGUCCAUUAAGGCCAGAGAUCACCAUCGCGUAUGUCGCCGUCUCGCUCAUUUUCUUCAACAGCGGCCUGUCACUGAAAACAGAGGAGUUGACGAGUGCGCUGCUUCACGUUCGGCUCCACCUCUUCGUGCAGUCCUUCACGCUCAUCUUCUUCCCACUGGUCAUCUGGCUGCUGCUCAAAGUGCUCGCACUCACCGCCAUCGACCAAUGGCUGCUCAGAGGGUUACAAACCGUGAGCUGCAUGCCCCCUCCGGUCUCGUCAGCUGUUAUUCUCACCAAGGCUGUCGGAGGCAACGAGGCUGCUGCCAUCUUCAACUCAGCGUUCGGAAGCUUCCUGGGAAUCAUCGUGACUCCAGUGCUGCUGCUGCUGUUUCUCGGCUCGUCGUCCUCCGUUCCCUUCUCCUCCAUCUUCUCUCAGCUCUUCAUGACCGUGGUGGUUCCUCUGAUCCUGGGCCAGGUGUGUCGUAGUUUCCUCAGGGAGUAUCUGGAGCGGCGGAAGCUUCCGUUCGGCACCGUCAGCAGCGCCGUCCUGCUCAUGAUCAUCUACACCACCUUCUGUGACACCUUCAGUAACCCCAACAUCGAGCUGGACCCCACCAGCCUGCUGAUGGUCGUCCUCAUCAUUUUCUCCAUCCAGCUCAGCUUCAUGCUGCUCACGUUUGCCUUCUCCACCAGGUCAGGAUCAGGAUUCAGCCCUGCAGACACUGUCGCCAUCAUGUUCUGCUCCACACACAAGUCUCUCACUCUGGGUAUCCCCAUGUUAAAGAUCGUGUUUGAGGGCUACGAGCAUCUCUCUCUGAUCUCAGUCCCUCUGUUGAUCUACCAUCCGGCUCAGAUCCUGCUCGGCUCCGUCCUCGUACCGACCAUCCGCAGCUGGAUGACCAGUCGGCAGAAGUCUAGUCUGUUGUUGAGAUAGGGCCGCAUUCCAACACUGCUGCCCAGAGCGGUGAAACUGUCGACUCUUCAGCCCAUCUGACGAGGAGGAGACGAGCGUUUUGGUGCACAAGUGUGCAAAAGCGGAAGAAUACAGUAGUAUGUGCCUUAUUACAAACAACAGAGACCUCAGCGCCAUGGACGGAGUGAGGCGCACCAGUCGCCUUGAUAUUCUCAGUUUCUACAACAAUGAAAAGCUCAUAUUUCCAUCAUAUAUAUUCCUUUAUAUUUAAAAGAAUCCACAAGAUUUAUUUUUAUAUAAAAUACCCAAAAAUUCCUGCAGAAAGAGGACGGCUGUUUUCCUUAAAGACAAAUGGAGUGUUUGGUUGGAAAGCGGCACCUCGUGGCAGGAACAUGAAGGAAAGAGUUACUGGGACCAUUCUUUUUUAUGUUUCUUGCAAUUUUCUACUUUUUUUCUACUCUACUUUUAUCCGAGCUGUCACUGCCAGAAAAUGUGGACACUUGUCACAUUUAUGUUGUUGACUGAAACGAAAUAAUGCUGGAUUGUCUGAAAUUUAAUAUACAGUUUAAUAAUGAGGGUUGUUUUUCUGUCACUUUCUAAAAUAACACUUGUGUUUGUUGACAAGAAGCAGUCCUGUGGUGAUGAUCUUUCCAAAUGAUCAAGUGUUGACAUAAACAGGAGGUAGGGAGUCCAAUUUAACACGCAGAGUAUCACUUUAUCCUUCCUGUACCUCUUAUUUACAUCUUUUUCUUACAUUAUUCAAACAUUUAUCUGUUUUUGAUGUUUGUCUUGAACAAACUACGGUCCACAUCGUUAGCUGUACACCUCAUAUUCUGUGUCACUGGAUUGGAGCGGAGCCUUAUCUCUUGCUCCAGUUUCGCUCCGGUCGCUCAUGCCCUACCCAGAAUGCAUCUUUGCACCUGCGCACACCCACACUAUUUUCUUUCAAAACUAUGGAGUUUACUGUGUACUUCAGAAAAGAAACUGAGAAGAGAAGCAGCGGUACCUUGGCGAGAGGGCUUCCCUGGAGGUCGGCCUCUUAACCUGGUCCGUCUCCUCUACGCUUUGACUCUCACUGCUGAGUCAGUUUGACAUCCUAGAUAUAUCCUUCAAACACAGACUGUAGACGCCUUUUUACCGAAUUUGCUCUUUAUUUUUGCCAAAAAUAUAACAUUUCUUCAGUGAGUGCCGUUAGUUACAGUGUGGGCUCCAUGCUUACUGCGACAGCUUUAUGGACCAUCACAAAGGGGCGGGGCUUAGCGAAGGGGCAAUUCAUCCUGAGGGGAACAUGAACCUGACACAUCACAAUUGAUCUAAUAGUUAUAAAGAUAUUGGGAACCAUGAAUGUUUGUGCAAAGUUAAUGUUGUCAGUGUUUAAGUACAUCAUGGUGUGGGUGAAUACUCACAUAUUCCGACUGGCCGCAGUGUCCAUUAAAACUAAUAAUGAAUACCAUCUGAGUAGUUCCCGUGAAACUGUACAUUCAUAAAUUAAUGCACUGGCUACAUAGUAUCUGCGCCUAAUAUGAGUAACCAUAGCAACAGGGAGGCAGUCAAAGCCUUUGUUUACACUUUAUUUUUCAACACUGUAUGUGGCCCUUCAGUGCCUGGUCCUCUGAGCACCACCAGAUGGAGACUGUAACACACAGAACUAUUCUGUUCACUACGUCAGGCUGCGGCCGACAGUAACGAAUCCCGAUCACUGACAGUGACAUGGCUGGAUAGCUGGCUCGUCUUGUAGUUAAACAUACCGUCAAAUUAUAUUUACCGUUUGUCAAUGGUACACAAUUCUAUUGACUUUGUAUCUUGCUAGCAUCAUGUUAGCCUUCUGGCUUUCUGGUUCAGAGGGCUCUAUGUGCUAAGCAGAUUAAAAAUAUCUCCUGUUGCCCAGACGCAUCCAAGGUUCGUCCCACUUACUCGAGAAGUCAAAAAUGUUUCCAUUGCAUAUGAACCUUAUGGGGCGGUAAUCCUAAGGUGUUACCAGGGAAACUGGGUCAUAAAACUUUUGAUUUUAUUGCAAAACACAUUAAAAUAUAAACAUUCUUAAUUUUUUUUCUUCGGCAAGUGGACAGUGCCCUUUGAGAUGUCCUUAAUUACCGCUGCGUGUUGGACGGUUCACACCUUCUCGUAGGCCAUUAAUUCCUGGUCAGGCAAUAUCCUUCACGUUUUUCACAAGUUUAGAGAGAGAGAGAUGAGAUGAGAAAAGACAGAACUUUAUUAAUCCCGAAGGAAAUUCAGGGAGUCUGCUACAUAUACAUUCACUCACACAAACAUUCAUACAGACACAAUAAAAAACAAACAAGCACUAUAAAUAAAUAAAUAAAUAAAUAAGUAAUAAAAACAUAUCUGUAGUUUAGUAAAAACUCUGACUCUUUUUUCCCCUUAGUGUGGAAUUAUGAGGUUCAGAUAGCUCUUUUUCUGGCGCUAGCACAGUGCAAGAAGCGUGUGGCUAUACAAGACUUCUCUAACCUUGGCCAUUAUCUCGUUUCCAGGGGCAGAUAUUCAAAAAUAAAGUAUUUUAACCACGCUGGCACUGGACAAUAAAAAAAAACCUGACUGAACAUAAUCUUGAAGUUUGCACCCUCCAAUUUCAAUUGUUUUGAUGUCUGGCAAUAAGGUUGACGUUUUCCUGACUAUACGACAUCCUCGUGGUGUUGGUAGGGGAGGCAACCCUUACUGGGACUUAACAAAAUCUCCCCAGAUGUAGAUCUUGAACAUGAGAUGAUGAAAGACACCUGAAUCUUAUUGUUGUAUUUGCAGUAACCUGCUGGGCACACAAGAGAAGCAAAAGGUUAUUUAUUGUAUUAAAAGGAAGGUAUUCUUCAUGGAAACCUCCGUUAUCUAUCAGAGUGUUAACUUGACUGAGAAUUUCAGAUUUUUAUCAACAGACAGCGGACACUUUCAGUGUAGUUAGACGAGAUUUACGCAUCUCUAAAGGCCCAGACACACCAAACUGACUUCAGAGAACCAGCGGCAAUGAACGCCCUCUGCUGCGUCACCCUUGUCUUGGCCAAAAAGUUGCGCAUGAAUCCGUCAGAAAGACUUCAACGGACAGCUAACCAACAUGUACGUUCUGUGCUUGUGUUAGUGGAAAUGACUCAACACCAGCAGAUGGUGGAAGUCUGAAAUGAUCAUUCAAAAAGGGAAACCAGAAGACCGUCUUGAUGCUUGUUAGCCAGUUAGCACAUUAACAGCACAAUCCAGUGUUGAAAGAACAGAGCGUAUUUACCUUGCACCACUGACCAACAACACAAACCAUCAGGAAAUGUUUCUACUAAAGAGCUCAGUGGGGAAAGGAAAUAAUCUGACCUUGUGUAACAAGUUUGUUUUGGUCUUGACUUAAGCUCUUUGUUUACUUUCCUCACUUCGGUUUCUCAUCUUGCGCGUUGAGCUGAACUGCCAAUCAGAGUGAUUUCAUUUGCCGUCGGGCUCGCAGUCGCCAAGGCUGAUUCAAAAUGCUGAAUUAGCGGGGAAAAAAGCCAAUUAGUGCUGACGAGGGUCAACCAUUAGGAAUACACCGCGGCGGCAAGGGUCACCGACAGCCGACUGUCACCUUGGUGUGUCAGGGCCUUAACAGACUAAAAUCAGACGCUGUUAAUAUGAAGGUCAUCGAAGCCUCAAUAGCACAAAUGCCAUUUCAUUGGUCAUCCAGCAACAGUCAAAUUUACGGUCAGUCUAUGUUUACAGUGUGAUUGUUAUAAGUAUGUUUUGGAAAGAAAGACAUUGAGCAGGAUAUGUAUGAGUGUGUUCUUUCACUUGUUUAAAAUACAGAA